AGUGAUGCGUCGGCACAUGCGCUCCAGUGGGCCAUGCCAGAGCUCGUGAAAAACCCAAGAGUGAUGCGUAAGGCACAAGCCGAGCUGCACGAAAGCCUCCAGGGGAAGCCGACGGUGACGGAAGACGACUUAAUCAACCUCAAGUACAUAAAGCUCAUUAUCAAAGAGGCCCUAAGAGUGCAUCCGGUGGUACCAUUGCUUCUCCCAAGGGAAUGCCAAGAGCCACGCAAGAUCAUGGGGUAUGAUAUACCUAAGGGCACCACUGUGUUUGUGAAUGUUUGGAUGAUCAGCAGGGAUCCAAAGUACUGGGACGAAGCUGAGACGUUCAAACCCGAGCGGUUCGAGGCGGGCACGGUAGAGUUUAAAGGCACAGACUUCGAAUUCACGCCCUUCGGGUCAGGUCGGAGGAUGUGCCCUGGCAUGACAUUUGCGCAGGCCAACAUGGAGCAAUUGCUCGCCAUGCUCCUAUACCACUUCGAUUGGGAGCUCCCCGAGGGGCUGGCGCCGAGCGAACUGGACAUGACAGAGGAGGUGGGAAUCACAUUGGGAAGGAAGCACGAUCUUUACCUGAAUCCAUUUGCUCGUGUGCCCAUGCAGGCUGCUCCCUAG